AUGAAAAUUGGUAUGAAACAAGUGAAAGAUAGUAAUAGUGAGUUUAAUGAUAUAAUAAACCCAAACUUUAAUGAUAACACUAGUAAUAAUAAUAUCAGUAUGAAUAGUAACAAUAGUAAUAAUCCAAAUAGAAUCCAAUAUAAUAUAGAAACUAUUGAUACAGGUAAUGAAUUAAUUUAUAGCCCAGAAAAUUUUUCACCAGCCGUAAGGUAUAAUAUUUUGUAUUUCAUGUCAAUUAAAUCUGUAUAA